GCGACGUGGAUAUCCUGAUGCCAUUCCAACGCUUGGCAACCCAGAUGCGAUGGCUGCUCAAAGUGCAAUUUGACGCGAUGAGCGUACUCGCCUUCCUCCUCAUGCCCCAGGAGCCUACCCCCACGACGUUGACGGCCAAGCCAACUAAGUCAAAGGGCUGGCCAUGGCGCCGACUCCGCCGCCGCGUCUCCAACGUAAGCGAGCCAUCCCAGGUGCCGUGCGCGGCCGGGCACAAGCCAGCGCCGGUCACAGCCUCCCGACACAUUACGAUUGCCUACAAGAAGCACGACCUGUCCAAGCGACGAGAACGCUCGAGUCUUAUUGGGGGUCACUACGUGCCGUGGACAUCCGCCGAGCGCGCGUACUGGAAGUUUGAACGACAAUGGUUCAUGGUGUGCUCGCCCAUCGACGAAGAGAACCCGGCCGUGUGCGACGCGUGCCAGUCGCGUGCGUUCGAGCUCUCGACAAACAAAAUAUGGAUCUCCAAGACCUUGCCGUCGCUGCGACGACCUCUGGUGAACGCGCGUCGCCACUAAUUUAUAGGUAAUCAAUCGUUUAGUACAAAAGUACCUUUGUAUAAAAAUUUAUGCAAACACAAAGCUGUCUGCGUUAAGAGGUA